AGGUGCUGCGCCAAGGCAAGAGGGACGUGGCACAGGCCGCCAGAGGGUUGGAAAGGGAGGUGGCUAAUCUGCAGGCAGAGGAGAAGAAGCUGCUAGUGGAGAUCAAGAAGACUGCCAAGACGGGUAACCAGGCAGCAGCGCGCGUGUUGGCACGGGAGCUGGUGCGGGUGAGAGCGCAGAUAGCCAAGCUGCACAAGUCCAAGGCGCAGAUUCGCGGCAUCAGCACGCACGCGCAGGUGGCUCAAGCCAAUGUGUCAGUGGCAGGGGCAAUGCGCAGUGCCGGCACGGUCAUGGGAAAUGUGAACAAGCAAAUGGACGUGGCAUCAGCAGCGCGCAUGGCCGCAGAUUUCCAGCGAGAAUCCGCCAAGAUGGAUCACGUGCAAGACAUGGUGGGAGGCGCUCUGGACGAUGCUUUGGAUACAAGCGACACCGAGGAGGAGGCCGAUGACAUCACCAACCAGAUCCUGGAUGAGAUUGGCAUCGACAUGUCGGCCCAGCUCUCGAGUGUGCCGGCCAGAAGACUGCCCACAGCAGCAGCAGCACAGGGAGAGGCGUCUCG